AUGGCGUUUGGCGGUGCGCCGCGAGGUGGUCGUGGCGGUGGUGGACGAGGAGGUCCUCCUAGAGGUGGCGCAAGAGGCGGACGAGGCGGUGGGAGAGGCGGCGGUGGUUUCGGCGCACGAGGUGGCAGAGGGGCCGGUGGCCGAGGUGGGCCAGCCAGAGGAGGAAGAGGUGGCGGGAGAGGAGGUGGUGCAAAGCCCGGCAUCAAGGGCGGAGCGAAAGUCAUCAUCGAGCCUCACCGUCAUCCCGGCGUCUUCGUCGCACGCGGCGGUAAAGAAGACCUACUCGUCACCAAGAACCUCACACCGGGCGAAAGCGUCUACGGCGAAAAGCGCAUCAGCGUCGACUCACCCUCGCCAAACCCGGCCGACGGAGAUGCCCCGGUCACGAAGACAGAGUACAGAGUGUGGAACCCCUUCCGCUCGAAGUUGGCCGCCGGUAUCCUGGGAGGCUUGGAUGACAUUUACAUCCGGCCCGGCGCCUCGGUGCUGUACCUGGGUGCAGCCUCGGGGACUUCCGUCUCGCACGUCGCAGACAUCGUCGGCCCAACUGGUCGUGUCUACGCGGUCGAAUUCUCCCACCGAUCCGGAAGAGAUCUGAUCACGAUGGCGACGCACCGCACCAACGUGAUCCCCAUCAUCGAAGACGCGCGCCACCCGCUCCGCUACCGCAUGCUCGUGGGCAUGGUGGAUGUGAUUUUCGCGGACGUGGCGCAGCCCGAUCAAGCGCGUAUCGUGGGCCUCAAUGCGCAUUUGUUCCUGAAAGUCGGCGGAGGCGUGUUGGUCAGUAUCAAGGCCAACUGCAUCGACUCGACGGCCAAGCCCGAGGUGGUGUUUGCCAAUGAAGUCAAGAAGAUGAGGGAGGAGCGGAUCAAGCCCAAGGAGCAAUUGACGCUGGCUUUCGCUUGUCCUCAAACGAAAUCCCCCUCUCCCAUGCAUUGUUACGGUUCCCGAGUUCCCUUUACUCCUCUCAAAAUGGAGCCUGCACGACUCGCACCGCUCAAUCUUGCCUAUUAUUUCUGA